CAUACUGCUAACAUUCUAGGGUUCACGAUGUACACGACGUGCGUGAUAUGGCUGGCGUUCGUGCCGCUGUAUUUCGGCACGGCGAGCCACGUGCCGCUGCGAGUCACCAGCAUGGCCGUCACCAUCUCGCUUAGUGCCAGCGUCACGCUCGUCUGCUUGUUCUCUCCAAAGUUAUACAUAAUCCUGAUCCGACCGGAGAGGAAUGUCCGGCAGAGCAUAAUGCCGGUCCGGUACAGCCGGAAGCCGCCGCCAGCGCAGCCAUUGCCGCAUCCUCAGACGAAGAAGCCUUUGACUGCAAACAAGGAGACUCAAACGGACCCAGCCGACUUCAAGCUCGUCAACGGUCAAACAAUCCAACUGAUCAACGACACAGACACCAAACACGAAGAACAAACCAAAGACCUCAACAAAACACAACUUACUAGUAACAAUGUCAAAACUAACACCGCCAAUGACAAAUCUAACGCCGUCAAUGACAAAUCUAACAAUACGAACAUCAAGUCUAAUGACAACGUUAUCACAACGAAUGGUAACGACAAGUCUAGCCACACUCCUGUAGCCAAUGACAAAGCUGACACCUUAUAGCAAAGACACUCCUCAAGAUCCCUCCUCGAAUACUCACACAAAAACAACAAUGUCAUCGUCAAAAAGAAAAGUUGCUCAUGCAAAUACAAGGAACGAAAACCAGUAGUUGUUUAAAAUUAAGUAGAAGCUAUCGAUGUAAAUAAUCCCGCUUUACUGCUUCUUUGUAAAUACAUUGUUAAAUAAUCUUUUCUUCAAAUAAUGUAAAUAAUAAUCUUGUAAAUAUAAAUGAAAAGACAAAUAGUGAUGUUUACUGUAUAUAAUCGUAUAUGUAUAAUAUCGUUAAGCUUACCGUUUUAUAUAUUAAAUAUUUAAAUAAGUUAUUUAUUAAGUAUUGUUAUAGCAUGUGCAGUGUAGAGCCUUGAGCCAGGACAGUAGUGACAAACGAAUGUAAAUAUUGAAUUUCUACUCAUCCCACUGAUGUUUGUCUAGUCUGUGACUCUGCAUAUUUGCUGACAACCCUUGUUGAAUAAAAUGCGUUACAUAUCGACUAAUUUAUUGUUAUAGUUUAUAAAGUAUUUAUUUGGUCAAGCAAAAGUGCAGAGUUCCUUUAUUUCAGAAAUAUUAAUUAAAAUAUAAGAUACAUAUCAUGCGUUUUUUAAUCUACAGUGUACGUAUUUUCAAUAAAUAUUUAAUUGUUAUCAUUAAAUUAUAUUGUCACUAUUGUCUUGCUCUUCCUGUGCAUGUUAUACUAAAUUAUACCUUAUAUCGUAAAUAUGAUUAAGGUAUUUACGAAAAUAAACAGUUUGAUGUUGAUAUGUCUUUUAUUAUCACAAACCCACUUGAUAUGCUUGGUUAACAAGAUUUGGGGUUUUGCCACCACGUAAAGACUGUCGCAGUUUUGAAAGUCAGCUCGUCUCUUCCACAGCUGACUCAUUAGCCAAAUGACAUUUCUACAUUAAUAGAAAAUGAAAGUAUUGAGAUG